AUGUAAAAAAGAGACAAAUCUCCAAUCAUACAUGUUAAUCUAAUGAAGGAAAAUAUUCAUACUAAACCACAUUCUCUUAAUAAAAAUAACAUUUCUAGUAAGGCUAGUCUAAAUUUGGUCAAAGUAUUAGCAACUAGAAGAUCUGAUAUGAAUUCACUUUGGGAACCUCCAGAAGAUUCAAAAUAACAUACAAAUAGAUUUGAUAAUUAUUUCUAAAGACAUUCAACUCGUAGAUCUAAUGUAUAAACCUCUAGAGAAAGAGAGAGAGAUUUUUCAGAUUCACCACAACAAUCUCCAUAACAUCAUUAAUGUAUUAGACAUAUCAAUAAAACAUAAUAAAGAAAGAGAAUUGCAUAAUUCAUUUGUUGUUUAACUAAAUGUGAUACUCAUUUAUUAUGUAGAGAAUGUAAAUAUAAAAUAUUCUAAUGUAAACAUGAUUAAAUUGUUAAAUUGACUGAAUUCAUUGAAUAACCUAUUUUAAUAUUUUUAAAAAAAGAUAAUUCAUAAAGUGAACUUAUUGGAAAUCUUAUAUUAUAAUAAAUGUAAUUAUUUAAUGUAAUUUAAUUUUCAUUAUUUAGAAAGUUAAAUAUCAAGCUGAAUAAUCAAAAUAAUAAUUAUAAGAAUACUUAGAGAAUAUAUAAGAUUAACUUAAAAUGAAAUGUUAAGUUAUAUAAAAAGAAUUUAAUGAAAAAGUUGAUGUAAUUAAAUAAUAUUAUUAUUAUUAUAGUAUUAAUUAAAAUUAAUAAGAAAUGAUAUAGAUUAAUUAGUUUAAACAAGUUUAGUUUAUAAAGAUGAUUUUGAUAAUAGAUUAAAUCAAAAUGAUGAUUUUAUAGAAUCAGUAAAACUAUUUAAAUAAUAAAGUGAAGAUCCUUAUGAAUAAGUAAUGAAUUAAGUAAAUUAAUUAUAACAAAAUCUUAAUAAGAUUCCUUAAUUGAAUACAAUUGUUCUAGAAUUAAAAACAGAUAUUACAAUCAAAGAUUUUAGUUAUAAUAAAUUGAUAAUUUGA